GCGGUCCUCGCGUUCGCUGCAGUCGGCGUCGUGGGCUGGGCCGUAUUCUUUACCUAUGUCACGAACCAGGAGAAGGUCACUAGCUCCGUCGUCCAGCAGAUGCUUCGCUCUAUGAAGUCCAGCGAGGAGCUGCAUGAAUAUAUGGGCGAUGCCAUUCGCCCCGUCCCGGAGUGGUGGCUGAACGGUGACCCUUGGAUUCACGGCAGGGUCAACCAAAUCAACGGUAGCAUUGACCUGAGCUUCAAGAUCAAGGGCUCAAAAGGUCUGCACGCGUUUCCUCUCCUUUACAUUGUGGUUGACCACGUUUGCAGGCUCGGGCACUGUCUACUUCACUAG